GAAGUUUGUUUGGUGGGAGGGAAUGGAAUCGAACCGAAGCGAGUAUAAAAGCCGCGUUCACACGAAGCACUUUAAAUUUGGAGGGGACUGUUUGGGAAGAAGGGGUGAAGAAGACGAGCGAUGGCCACCAUGCUUUACUACUACCACUACGUCGACUUAGGACCCCCCAAAUGGCCACCUGCCCAAAAUGUCGCCCACCCUGGCCCUAUUCCGUCCAUUAGGGCGCGCCAACCCCUUCCAUGGCAUCAACAACAAGGUCCUCCCCUAGGGCUCUGGCUAUGGCGCUGCCUUGCGGCCCUACUAGGGUUUCUUCGUCCUCCGCCUAGGCGCUGCCGAGAACGAAUGCGGGGAGCGAGGAUUCGCGCACGGCGAUGACGAUGCCGGCAUCCUCGCAGAACGGGACGGAGGAGUGGGAAUUGAAAGGGUGUAGCUAUUCCGUCGAUGACUUAUUUAAUUUGGAGCCAUUGCUAAACUUUCACAUUCCCGAGGAGCUGGAUGACUUUGCGAGCUUGGAGGAGCAAGAAGAUGAAGGAAGCUCCAGGCUUCGGUUGGAAGAGGAAAGAGCUGAAAUUCCACUGAGCUCCCAAGCAGAGAUGACGCUGAAAAGAAAAAGAGUCCAAGUGGAAGCCGAGGCUGGCAGUGCGGCUUUAUGCCGCGACGAUGCCGAUAGCAACGAUGACAAUUGCGUCCAGAUAUCCGAGGAGCAUUACAGGGGUCUGCUUGGAGAGCAUCUGCAAAAGUAUAGGCGGACUUGUUUGAAGGAAGCCAUCGCAGCUCGACUAACAUCAAAUGCUGUGGGAAGGUGUCUGGACACGGCCGGGGUGGUGGCAGUCGCGGGAUCUUCACAAGCCGAUUCGUCGGUUUUACAGGAUGAACGACUUCUCGACUUGGGAGAGGGGUUGAAGUUUUUGGUUCCGCCAUUUUACGAGCAGCUGGCUCAAAGCAUUGAGCUGCCGAGCAUGGCGUCUAUCCAGGUUGAGGAAUCCGUUCUUAGCGGACCUGUGACGUCCAAAAGCGUCGCGGCCAUCAUCGCCUCUGAUCGACGACUGGGGAAGGAACCGGUUCCUUUGGUGGUGGUAAAGCACAAGACUGGCACAUCAAGGACGAAAUUUCCUCUACGUGUACUGGAUGCGGAGAAGGCCACAAGGUUGAUCAAUGGGUAUGAGAUGCCAGUCACGAAGCAGGGGACAGAAAAGCAAUUACCGGUGAACGACAUAAAAGUUCUUGACAGGGGCGAUGGCUAUGAGGUCAUUCAACGAAGGAUACAAAGGAAGCCAGCGACGACGAAGAAUGCCACAGAGAUUGCGCACGAGGAUGUUGAGAAGGUUGCGAAGUUCUGGGUCAGCCUUGUGAAAAGGGACUUGCCUAAGCAUUUCAAGGCCUUCACAACUUAUCACAAGAAGCAAAUGGCUGAGUGUAAACGCUUGACGGAUGCCUGUCAAAAAGAGGUUAAGCUUCGAAACACGAAAAUCAUGAGGGCAAUGAAAAAUGCGCCAAUUCGGAACAGAAAGCUUGCGCGUGACAUGAUUAAUUUCUGGAGGAAACUGGACAAGGAACAAGCCGAAGUCAGAAGAAGAGAAGAGAAGGAUGCUGCUGAAGCUCUAAAGCGAGACGAGGAGUUUCGAGAAGCUAGAAGACAGCAGCAACGUCUUAACUUUCUGCUCACUCAAACAGAACUCUAUAGCCAUUUCAUGCAGAACAAGCUGACGGGGCAGAAGGCGUCUCUAGAGCUUGAAACUGAUCCGGCUGGAUCAAAAGGUCCAGUCGAUGCAGCAGAGGAAGCGGCUCUGAGAGAAGAGGCUUUAAGAGCUGCCGAGAAAGCUGCUUUUGAACAGAAAGAGAAGACAAAUAUGUUCGACAACGAAUGCUCAAAGCUACGGGAAGUUGGACCUGGGGAGGAAGCCCGAGGACAUGGCGAAAACAUCGAUUUAUUGCAUCCAUCUACUAUGCCUACAACAUCAUCCGUCGAUCAACCGUCACUCUUUCACGGAAACUUGAAAGAAUACCAGCUAAAAGGCCUGCAGUGGCUUGUCAACUGCUACGAGCAGGGUUUAAAUGGAAUUUUGGCGGAUGAGAUGGGAUUGGGAAAGACGAUCCAAGCAAUGGCUUUCUUAGCGCAUCUAGCGGAAGAAAAGAACAUAUGGGGUCCGUUCCUAGUUGUUGCACCGUCAACUGUUCUCAACAAUUGGGCCGAUGAAAUCAAACGUUUCUGCCCGGAGUUGAAGAUCCUUCCUUACUGGGGUGGGUUGCAAGAGCGGACAGUGUUGAGGAAGAACAUCAACCCGAAGAGGCUAUACCGAAGGUCUGUUUACCAAAAUUCCUGUCCAAGGCGUAACUCCUGGUCUUUUGGCAGGGAUUCGAGCUUUCACAUUCUAAUAACGAGUUAUCAACUGCUGGUGUCGGAUGAGAAGUAUUUUAAGCGUGUGAAGUGGCAGUAUUUAGUUCUUGACGAAGCGCAAGCGAUCAAAAGUGCUAGCAGUUUGCGGUGGAAAAUUCUGUUGAGUUUUAGUUGCAGAAAUCGUUUACUAUUAACUGGAACGCCAAUCCAAAAUAACAUGGCAGAAUUGUGGGCGCUACUUCAUUUUAUUAUGCCAACGCUUUUUGAUAGUCACGAACAGUUUAAUGAAUGGUUUUCCAAAGGGAUAGAGAACCAUGCAGAGCAUGGAGGUACUUUAAAUGAACAUCAGCUAAAUAGAUUGCAUGCGAUUCUAAAACCGUUUAUGUUAAGGCGUGUGAAAAAGGAUGUUGUCUCCGAGCUGACAAAAAAGAAGGAAGUUGUUGUGCCUUGCCUACUUAGCUCUCGUCAGCAAGCUAUAUAUCAAGCUGUGAAGAACAAAAUCUCUAUAGCUGAUCUUUUUGACGGAGGCCAUCUAAACGAGAAGAAGGUCGUAAAUCUUAUGAAUAUAGUAAUUCAACUACGCAAGGUCUGCAACCAUCCCGAGCUUUUUGAACGAAAUGAAGGACGCACGUACUUUCACUUUGCAGCAAGUGUUAACCAUCUCUUGCCGGCAGCCUUUGGGGAUUUAGAGGAUUUGUAUUGUUUUGGAAAUCACAAUCCAAUAGCUUUUAAGAUACCCAAGCUUAUUUAUCGAGAUGGUAUCACGAGUUUGCGUAGUUCUGCCCAAGGCUUCCAAGAAAAAUGGUUGUUUAAUUUGAUGAACGUUUUUUCUGCGGAAAAUGUUCACAAAUCAGCUGUAUCUUUUGGGCAGUCUUCAAGUGGUUCAUUUGGCUUUACAAGGCUGAUGAACACGUCAUCUUCUGAAGUAUCAUUUUUGAGCAACGCAACUAUCUUGGAACGAUGUCAGUAUGGGGUACUGCAAUCGCGGACGGCUCUGCCAGAUGAUGACGACGAUUCAGAUCCAAGAGUAACAGCCAUCAAGAGGCUACUUCUGGUACGCACUCCCAGUGAGUCUGGCCUUUUACGGCGGAAAAGAGCUGUCGGUCUUACUCUGGAGCCUUUCGAAGCUUUAGCUGUUCCCUUGGAGGAACGAUUAACUGGCAACACACAGCUUCUUCGCUCUGUGAAAGCGUUUAUUCCACCAGUGCUUGCUCCUCAGAUUGAAGAGUUGUGUUCGGAUCGUUCAUUUGCAUAUCAAAGAGCGGAAGAGCUCCACAACCCAUAUAUAAAGCGGCUUCUGGUCGGUUUUGGCCGCACGUCCGAGUUUAAUGGCCCUUCCAUGCCACUCGAUCCGCACCCUCUCAUUCAAGAGAUAGAUAAAGAGGUGCAUGGUCAAAACUGCUUGCUGACAAGCUCUUUCCAAAUUUUUGGUUCUGCGCCACCUCUGCAGACGAUUGAUUUUGCCCGGACCCUCAUGGACUCUGGGAAGCUACAAGCUUUAGACAUCUUAUUUAGGCGACUACGAGCUGAGGAACAUCGAGUCCUUGUUUUUGCACAAAUGACAAAGAUGCUAAACAUUUUGGAGGACUACAUGAAGUACCGGAAGUAUAAGUACCUCCGGUUGGACGGAUCAUCCACGAUUAUGGAUCGACGCGACAUGGUUAAAGAUUUCCAACACAGGUCUGACAUUUUUGUAUUCCUACUGAGCACAAGAGCCGGAGGUCUUGGCAUAAAUUUGACAGCAGCCGACACCGUCAUUUUCUACGAGAGCGACUGGAACCCGACUAUGGAUUUGCAGGCCAUGGACAGAGCUCAUCGGCUUGGCCAAACCAAGGAGGUGACUGUUUACCGGCUAAUUUGCAAAGGAACAGUCGAAGAGAAGAUUGUGAAGCGAGCAAACCAGAAAAACACAGUCCAGCAGCUUGUGAUGACUGGAGGACAAUCUCAAGACGUGUUCGAGGCCGACGAAGUGGUAUCUUUGCUGUUGGACGAUGCCGAGCUUGAGCAGCGAUUAAAGCAUCAGAAGUCUCUGGAGCAAACGGAUAAGCCGAGAGGUAAAAAGAAUGAAGUGAGUAGGAAGGUCGUGCAAAUCGACGCUGAUGAGGUGGUGUCCCUGCAAGACGACCUCGCCGCGGGUGCUGGAGACUCCGAAAAGCUUCCGGAGAAAGCCACGCCUAGCAGGAGGAAGUCCGGACAAAAGAGACAAGCUGGUGAUGAGAUGAAGCCACCAAAGCCUUCCAAAGUAGCCAAGGAAACUCCAACCAGCGAUGCUGCGAAAGAGGCCAAGCCGAGAAGCAAGGCUAAGCCGAAGAAAGCCUCGCAGGAUGUAGAGAAGAAGGUGGCAGCGACAUCGGCGACAAGGUGACCAUUUUCCAUUUCUCUCUCUCUCUUUUUUUCCUUGAAAGACUCUAGGAUUCUUGAGAAGGUGGUGGUUUUUUUUUGUAUUAUACACAUGGGAAAAACUGGUUCCACUCCGCUCCGUACAUAAUCGAAAGUUGUGUAUAGCCAUUUCCCAAAGUUAGUGCUUGUUUAGCCAAGUGUGCUUCACUUCACUUCAAAAUUAAUCUUGUAUGGGGCAUUGAUUCUUGCUCCUAA